AGCAAUAGCUUGCUUUAGUCCAUCGAUGGGUGAUGAGAAAAAAGAGGGGUGCUGCUUGCCCUUAAAGGAGGAGUUCCAGUGCUCCAGGUUCUCGCUACAUCUUGAGGACCCUGGAGUCUUCUGUCGCUCCCAAUGGCAGAAAGGAGAACGAAGUUUAGUCUGGGUCCUCUAUCGAUGGGCUCUGGCUGCCUUCUUUGCCGCUGGAGUUAUUGGCAGCAUGAUGCAGGAUUUUAAUGGCGGUCGGUGGUUCAUAUUCCUCACGGAUUGGGGAUUUACACUGUGCCUUUUUACCUGCACAUACGGUGCUGUAAUCGCCACUAUUUACUACUUUAAUCAGUCUUAUUUCUCUCCUGGCGAUCGCUCGCUAAAGAUUUACUGGAUAUCACACUAUACCACUUCGGUUCUAUCCAUGUUGAUUACCACGGUCUUCUGGGCAGCCCUUUCCACUACCAUGCCCGAAGUGGCCGGUGAGCUCUACAACUUGUGGUGCCAUGCCUUCAACUCGAUCUGCAUGGUGUUUGACUGUUUUAUGGUGGAUUAUCCAAACCGUCUCAUGCACUUUAUCUAUCCCUUUUCCGUUGUGCUUAUUUUCUUGGUACAUUCCUUGAUUUACUAUUGGGCCGGUGGUACUGACAUCGACGGGAAUCGGUUUAUCUACUACGCACUGGACUGGGCGCGUCCUGGCCUGGCGAUUGGAUUUGUAUGUGCCAGUUUGGCUUUAAUCUGUUGCUUUUCCUUUGUGGCUUUUGGAAUUUACCGGAUACGCAUCUCGAUGUACAACUGUUGCAACAAAAAGCACGAAGAAACGCCACCCAUGAAAGCAACUCCCUAGGACUCCCCUCUAACUUUUUAAAUUCUAUAAUUUUUAA